UCCAUGCAUAUUAAAUAGCGGUCAGUUGGGUGUUUCCAACAACAAAAAUGUGAGGAGAAAAGAAGGAAAUUUAUCAAGAAAUUAUUAUAAGCUUUUAGCAAAAGUAUUAAACAAAUAACUUACAUGGGCCUCAGUUUAUUGCUAACGAAAGUACUAUACAAACCUGUUUCGCCUAACGCUAGGCACUUCGGUGUUGCGACAUACUAAAAUAUUAGAAACUUCAUUUCUAUUAUUCACAGAUGAAUAAUGCAAUGGAAGGUGUUGACAUUUUUGGUAUGCCUCUUUGGUUUUUUAAAAGAAUUCAGACCAUCUGAGGCUUAUUUGUCAGCAUAUCUAACCGGACCAUGGAAAAAUCUGACAGUUGAAGAAAUCAAUAAUGAAAUAUAUCCUAUAUGGACUUAUGCGUACCUGGUAUGGCUCGUUCCUGUAUUUCUUCUGACUGAUUAUGUCCGCUACCAGCCAAUAUUAGUCCUUGAAGGUGCAACAUACAUUGCAACAUGGUCAAUUCUUUUGUGGGCACAAGGUGCCCUGGCUUUUCAAUUCAUGGAAGUCUGCUAUGGACUCAUAACAGCUACUGACAUAGCUUACUAUGCAUAUCUCUUUGCAAUGGUUCCAAAUGAACAGUACAAGAUAAUAACAAGCUUUACACGAGCUGCACUUCUUAUCGGUCGUUGUUCUGCAUAUUUGACUGGACAGUUGCUCGUAUCUUUUAAUUUAAUGGACUAUAAACAGCUAAAUAUAAUAUCAAUGGUAAGUGUUUCGCUAGCAUUUAUUUUAGCCUUGACAUUAAAAAGACCAAGCAAUUCUGAGAUAUUUCACUCUAAAAAGCACGACGAAAACAAAGACGUAACGAACAUAGAGUUUGACAACAAAAUUGGAUCUUCAGCCAACCAUGAAAGUCCGAAUGUUCAGAAGCCCACUUUUAAGCGUGGAAUUUUAUUCUUAUGGAAUGAACUGAAAACUGCAUACUCAGAUAAGUCUGUAAUAGCUUGGUCUGUGUUUUGGGCAUUUGCGUCAUGUGGACAUGGCCAAGUCAGGAAUUAUAUUCAGAACCUUUGGGAAGUAAUUACACCAGAUCAGCAAAAAGGAACCAUUUACAACGGAGCUGUAGAGGCAUUUGGUACCCUAAUAAGUUUCAUAGGUGUAUUAGUAUUUGGAUUUUUACCUGUAAAUUGGUCUCGCCCAGGACUAUCAGAAACAAUAAUGGCCAUGGUAUGUAUUUUGAAUACCGCUGGCCUUACAGUAAUGGGGCAAUCAACAAAUAUAUGGGUUUCGUAUGCAGUGUACAGCGGCUUUAGAGCUACAUAUCAUACAGUGAUAACAUUAGCAACGUUACAGAUUGCUAAAUCCCUUUCAAAACAACGGUAUGGUUUUGUGUUUGGCGUCAACACGUUUAUGGCUCUCAUUAUUGAAACACUAAUUACAGUUAUUGUAGUAGAUAAAGUAGGUCUUGGUGUAGACGUACAGACACAGUUUACAAUAUAUGGUGGAUAUUUUGGUGUUAUUGGUUGUCUGUUCCUAGUAGUGGCGUUCUACACAGUAUACAAGAACGGCUGUUCCUGCCGAGUUGCCAAUGAUAAAAACUAUACCGUCUCUGACCCGGAACCUAAACCUGAAGGACAAAUUUGA